CACACGGCACCUUGCGUGGGGACAGCCUGCUCCAAGUUCAUGUCGCCUUUUGCACUGCUACUAUCAGCGAUUACAAUAAAGACGAGCGCACUGACGAAACGAAGGGCAUCAAAUAGGGUUAAGUAGACCGACACGAUAGCUUCACCUUUUUGCCCUGCUGCAGCGGACACUCUGUGAGAAUCUGCUUUGGAUACAUUCAUUUGUUUAUAUGGGCAGCCACGAUGGUUAAAUGUCCUGUUUAAUUGUCGAGGGUUGUGGAGCAGUCACGCUGAAACGGACGGAGCAGAAUGCCAUACAAGUUCGCAUGCUGGUCACCCCACUCCCCAGCCCCAUGCCGGUCCUGGAGGGUCUGUGGGGUGCGGACAUCAGACUUCAGGAUUCUGGACUGGGUGGUGUUGUUGACGUCUGCCCUGAGGAUGCCCCCAGCUCCCCGAUGUGGGACACUCUCAGGACACCCCCAGUCACUUGCGGAGGUGGACUGUCUCUGGCCUUGGAGCUGCCAGCCCUCAUUCGGCAACUCAGGGCGGCAUGGAGGGCCAGGAGAGGGGGUGCACAGAGCCCCCCGAAAAGCAGGAGCGAGGACUGGGUAGAGCCAGAGGAAGGGGUAGCAGAGGAGGUGGAACAGGUACCAGAGGAAGACCAGCUGAAACAAGAAGCUGAUGGCAGAGUGCGCACGAGACACGCGGGUGUGCUGCUGGAGAGAAGGGGCUCCUAUCCUUUGAUCGACCUGCGUAUCAUCAACACCAGUGCCCAGCAGGGGGAGAUAGAGCUGUGUAACAGGAGGAAGGUGAAGCGCCUGCUGAGUUUCCAGAGGUACUGCCACUCGUCCCGCCUGCUCCGGGGCCUGGUGCCCCAUACCCCCGGCUCCAUGCACCUGCUGGAUGACGACUACCUGGGACAGGCUGGGCACAUGCUGUCUAAAGUCAGCACAUGGAACUUUGAUAUUUUCCUCUUCGAUCGCCUCACUAAUGGAAACAGCCUGGUGACCCUUAUGUGCCAUCUCUUUAAUGUUUACGACCUCGUUCACCACUUCCAGUUGGACAUGGUCAAACUACACAGGUUUUUAGGUAUGGUGCAAGAGGACUAUCACUCCCAGAAUCCUUACCACAAUGCUGUCCAUGCUGCUGAUGUCACUCAAGCCAUGUACUGUUACCUGAAGGAGCCCAAGCUAGCAGAGCAGCUGAGUCCUCUGGACAUAUUCCUGGGGCUAAUGGCCGCAGCCGCCCACGAUGUGGACCAUCCUGGGGUCAACCAGCCAUUUCUCAUCAAGACGCACCACCACCUGGCCUCGCUCUACCAGAACACAUCUGUGCUGGAGAGCCACCACUGGAGGUCCACUGUGGGCAUGCUGAGAGAGUCCGGCCUGCUGUCUCACCUGCCUCCGGACAUGUCGCAGGACAUCGAGCAGCAAUUGGGCUCUCUGAUCCUGGCCACAGACAUCAGCCGACAGAACGAGUUCCUCCUGAGCCUAAGAGAGCACCUGGACCAGCAGGACCUGGACCUGCAGCUGCCCUCUGAUAGGCACUUUAUACUGCAGAUUGCUCUGAAAUGUGCCGAUGUGUGUAACCCAUGCCGUGUUUGGGAGCUGAGCCGUCAGUGGAGCGAGAGGGUCUGUGAAGAGUUUUACAGGCAGGGUGAUCUGGAGAGGAAGUUUGACUUGGAAAUUAGCCCCUUGUGUGAUCAACAUACUGACUCUGUCCCAGCCAUUCAAAUAGGCUUUAUUUCAUACAUUGUGGAGCCCCUGUUUGAAGAGUGGCACCGCUUCACAGAGGCCAGUCUGCUGAGCCAAACUAUGAUGGGUCACCUGCACAAGAACAAAGCUCGUUGGACCCGCCUUCGAUUCGCACACUCCCCAACAGACACCCAGGACGAGGAGGCAGAGCUAGAAGGCGGAGGGGAUGGAGACAUACCCUAACCAUGCUUUUUGACGUUAGGGGCUGAUGUAUUCCUGUUCCGAUUGGAGGAGAGGAGAUCUGUUCACCUCCUUGAAUUUCCUCCUGAAUGGUGUCUCCCCUGGGUGGCUUGUCUCAGGUCCCUUCUUGGGCCCUGAGUGGGAGUUCAAGCCCGAGUCUGCAAUGAAUGUCUCCCCCUGCUGGAGAGGAGCUGCGUAGCACUGCAGAAUAAUAUAAAUGAAAGAUGAUUGUUGGAAAUCUUAGUAAAUAAAUGCCAAAAUGACGUUGUGAACUUGUGACGUCAUAAUGAAUAGAGGGGUCACUGAAGAUUAAUAUAUGUGGGACGAUGCUGCUAUUUCAAUAAAGAAGCCAAAAUAAUGUAUAUGUCAGCUGGACAAUGUUGGAAACUAUGUUAACAUGAUAAGAAAGGUUCAAGAGAUAUGCCCUGUAUCUCUGUCUUAUCUACUAUGCUUUUUCAAUACGUAUUAAGCUAUUACCACUUUUUUCUUACUUUGUACAGCCUGCACUUAUAUGGAUGCUAUUUCAUACGUGUUGUCUUUUUUCACUCAAGUGCGUUUUUAACCCGUACUGUAAAUUUGUCUUGAUGGUUUAAUAUAUAAAAUGAAGUGGGAUGCAAACCAAGUCACCAAUGCAAACAAGAGCCAUUAAGUGUUGUGCGAUAUACUGUAUUAUUACAUGUACAUACAACCUCAGCAAUUCACAUGCCAAACUAAGCAAUGUGUAUGUAACACUUAGAAUUAGAAUACACAUUUUGGGUGCAUCUUUUUCUGACAGCCUCACUAUACAAAACAAUGUCAAGCAAAAGCCUUAACAGCACCUGGGUCAGACCUUGGGACAUUUUGUACAUUGGACAAGCACACACAGCCUUCACAAACACUGUACUGAUAUAGAGUUUGAAUUAACAUGUCAAUUUACUCAACUAAGUUUCAUUUUGACACUUGCACUGUAUAUUAGACAAACAAGGGCCAAUUUAUAACUUAAAAUGUCACUAAUUACUAAUAUAUUUAAUAUAAAUAUAAACGAUUUUAAAGGCACAUUGUGAGUAGUUAUUACUGUAUAUUCCAACUCCAGUAUAUUAAAAUUAGUGUUUAAUGAGUGAUUAAUCUAUUUAAUAAUACCUUUACAUGUUUAUUCAAGGUAUCCUUUAAAAGCAGAGUUCAACUUGUUUUUAACUGUAGAUAAGGUUUUCACCAGAGACCAAUAUAAUACGUCUUCCAAUCCACAGAACUAGACCAAGCUUUAUAAUAUGACAUCUUAUAAUAAAUGUAAUGAUAUAGAUCACUUGUUAAAUAAUGGGAUUAUGUCUUGUAAGUAUUGUGAAAUUCUGCGUUUUUAUCACUGAACUGCAGUGCAAUAAAAUGAGACCACUGUUGAGAUGAAA